GUGUAGUUUCCAACAUGCUCUUGCUCAUUAAGAGUACAUGUUAUUUUUUGACUAGGACGCACGUCCACGUUGUCAUUGAUUGAUUUCGCUUCUGAAUAUCAAAUUUAUAGCACAAACGACUUGGGGUUGGGACUGGGGAGCGCAACAAGAACUACUAGAGAAAGACUACCGUUUCAUUUUUCUUAUUCACUUGUGUAUAAAGAGUAAAACAAAAAGUAAAAAGAGGACUAGAAUUCAUGAGAAGACGUCGAGUUUGCGUGAUCAUCACAUGGAGGCAGACUUUCAAGUAGAGGACCACGCUUUUUGAUCCCAACGACCACGUCGUCCGCAUUUGGUACGAUCGUGGGGAAAUCAUCAAGAUGUGACCGCGAUUUCCGACGAUACGACGUGCAGCGCCAGCCUCGUGUCGUCUAGGAGAAAAUCAGGAAAGGACGACCAGGAACGUUAAAGGAUGGGUUUUGAACAAACAAGAACGUCAUCAGAAGCGAAGCAAACCUCAACGUCUUCCAUACUAUGCUUUCCGACGUCGACGACACCAUCAAAGCAGAACAAGAACCAGUAGUCGUAGUAAUGCACGUCUGCUGUUGUACUCGACCAGUGCUGCAUUUUUCAUAUUACAACGACAGCCUCCUUUUGUUUCAUCAUUGAUUAACAGCCUCGACCUCGUGAAAACACGAUCGCUUUCGCUUCCACAGUUCUUGUAGGCAGAGCCACACCUCCAAGAACAAGGAGAGCCUUAGCUCUCUUCCAGUGCUGUCCGUCGUUUAAACUACGCUUACGACUGCGAUAAAAUGGUUCCUGGAACGCAAGAGAAACCGAUUACCCUGCGCCUGUAUAGGCUGAGGGAACAUACGGAAAGGAGCAAUGACACAGACAACAUGACCUACACUAUGCAAAUUUUCCCCUGGAUGUGCCUUUCAAUGAUCAAGCAUGGUCUUGCGGCGCACCUGAAAUCGUGCUGCAAGUAUGAAAUGCCAGACCCGGAAGCGUUACGUACAAAUUUUGAUUAGUAAGCUGUUGUUGUUGGAGGUUUUGGAUUGUGCGUUGAGAUGAGUGAGUUCAACGCGGACAUGGUGAAGAUUGACACGAAUGAAUAUAUCACACGAAACAUCACAUGAUCAAGAUCAUUCUCUGCUUGGGAAGUAAAUCUGAUACUUGUUGUUCCUCAUACAACUUCGUUGAGUAUUUGACAGAUAUCAUGUGCAUGAUGCUAACGCAAAAAAAAAGAGUUCGAGGCUUCAAUACUUACAUAUGAUGUAUUUAGUGACAAAGUGAUGAUGAAUGGUAUACCUACUUUUGUAGUUACAUACCCAUACGCUGCGUCUGUUUCCUUUUCACGACCAGGUGUCAUCUACAAGGGGGUAGAAUUGAAGGGAAGAGGCAUGGCAUUCGCUCAAGUUUUUGGCCUCGGUACGGAUGUUGUCGUCGCUGACUAUCUAUUGCCGGAGGACGCGCAACCAACUGCUGUGCCCGACUUCCUGAAAGAAAAAGAAGCUGAGGCAGCGCGAGACAAAGACGAGCAACUUCAGCAUCAUGAUAUGAUUGAUGUGGAGGAGGAACAAGACCACCACGUCGAGCAACAAGAUGAUACAGGUUCUCCUUUCAGUAGUGGAUAUCGAGAUAAUGGGGAUGCGCCAUUCAUGCCCUUGAAGCACGAGCAGAGAGAUGGAAAAAAAGCCACAGAGAUUGCAGUAAAUGGAGGAAACAAUGAAAGCGGGCAAGGGUCUAAUACAAGAUUCAAGAAGUCCAAUAUUGCGGUGAAGACAUCGCAUUCGGAUUUGGGUUGCACGCGCAAGAAUCGAGAAACUAGUCAUCGCGCUCGAGCACUGCGACACAAAGAAAUGCGACAGGGGAGAGCAUCGAGGAGCGGGCACGAGGACUAUCAUGCGGACGAGGAUGAAAGCGACAGUGCGUCGACCAGCGAAGCGAGUGACACUGCAGACGAGGACGAAAACGAUGGCUUAACAAGCUGCCAAAGGGAGGCCACCUCGCUCUCCUUGUCUACCUCGCAGAUCAAGUCCCAUAAAGCUAGCUCAACUCCCGCUGGAACUCAAACUCAUGGGGAGACAGCGUCUUCUAUUACGGAAAAAGCUAACUCGAUGAGCUCUUUUCCCUACACGAAUAUGGGUGUCGCAAAUAGACAUCACUUUGCUGGAUCGACCAGUAGCAGCACCAGGGGGAACCAGACCUCGUCAAGGAUCGCACGUCGACUGCAGUUAGAUCCCGAUAUCGAGUUCCAUUUACACCCGAGUACUUCAUCCUCCGCAUCACCCACUGCUGCCCGAAGCUUGUUUUCUGGGAAAAAUAUAUGCAGCAGCAAUUCCGUAUCCGGGUGGUGCAGCCCGUCUGCUGGCGGACGCAAAACUAUAAAGAGUGCCACCUCCUCAUCAUUUGGAGCCCGGAUGAACUCACCAAGCAGAAAAACAAAAAAGGCGCCUCCACUUUCGCGUCGGUCAGUCUGUCCCGGUGCGAUUGCAGCAACAACCGCGCGUCGGCCGUCUGGAAGAGCCGCUGCGACUUCUAGAGCCGCAUCUUCCCGUGUCUGCUUCAAAGCGGACCCGCAGGCCCACCAGGACGACCCUGACGUGAAGAGCUUGAUUGAGCGUGCGGCGGCGGCCUUUUCACACGGUGCGGUGCCGAAAAUCACGGCCGAGGGGACUGGUGGAACGUACAUGAUUUUUGACCCGGAAGAGAACGGAGGACCGACAAAAAGCUCGCGCGGUCGCAUGCUUCUGCCACCAACCGAAGCCAAACCAUUGGGUUUCUUCAAGCCAAAGGACGAGGAGGUUCACGCAGCUUUCAAUCCUAGGGGAGCUGCGUGCGCAAGUGGAGACGCCUGUGCCAGUACUUUUUCGGCUCCCCAGGCAACACCACAGGGAGCUGACUCGGCUGGACGCUCCGGUGCUCCGGGGACGGGCGCGGCGGCCGGCACGUUUGCAACUGCAGCAACUGGUACUAGCGGCACACAGCAGAGUCAGCAGGGACACCUCGGAGGCGGGAACAAGGAUGAAGUCGACGCAGAGAGUUCUCGACCCGGUGUAUACGCCACGCAGCAAGCCUGUCGUGAGGUGGCCGCAUACGUCCUAGAUCGAGGAUGGGCGGGCGUGCCUCCCACAAUCAUGUGCCAGGCCCGUCAUCCGGCUUUCUGCAAUCCGCACGAAGGUGUUAUCUGGAAGCAUGGCAGUUUGCAAAAGCGUGUUGACGCGUCCGAUUGUUUGGGAGACUUCGGCCGAGGUUUGUUCUCGGUGGAGCAGGUGCACAACAUCGGCAUCUUAGACAUUCGUAUUCUGAACAUGGACCGCAAUGAAGGAAAUUGCCUAGUCAAAGAGUCCUUCAUCGAGGAGGACGUGGAAGUACCCGAGGAUGAGGAGUUCUCAUCGCAGCCAGCAGGAGAGCCGCGGACGCGCAUUGAGAAACGAAAACGCCGACACCUGCAGUUGAUUCCUAUCGAUCAUGGCCUGUCUCUGCCAGAUAGACUCGACAUCGCAGCGUCCGAUCUCACCUGGAUGAGCUUCCCGCAGGCCAAGGAGCCCUUUUCCGAAGAGACACGGCAGAAAAUCAAAGAUUUGAAUCCCGAGCUCGACAGGGAAAAUCUGUCAAAGUAUUGCGGUAUCAAGAAUGAGGCCUUGCGGUGGAUGCAGGUGGCGACUGUUUUGCUCAAAGUCGGCGCAGAAAUGGGACUCACUCUUUACGAAAUUGGCACGAUUCUCUAUCGCGAUGUCGAGGACGAGCCAGGACCAGGUCCGUCACGCAGUCUCGGCCAUCUUCCAGCUGAAACGGCUUCACGCGUAGCUCCUGAGGCGACGAGCACAUCCGCUUCGUCUCCGAGCACCGGCCCAGCAUCCGACCCGUGCGUGUUGGAACAUCUGUCACUGCAUGCACUGGAAUCAGCGGUCCGUUGGUGGGGGAAGCAGCGACGUCUGCCAGAGCACUUGGGCGGUAUACCUGCAGCUCGCUUGUCAUUUGCAUCCAAAAACCCCCUUGCUUCAACCUCCGGGCGAAGGCCAUCAGAGCGAGGGGCAGGUGCAAGUGAGAAAAUGGCAGGGCGCGCCGUUGGUCGACCGUCUACGCGGCAGGCGUUGGCUCGCUGCGACAGCAGGGACGACCAAGGUUUGGCGUCUGUAAGUGAGCAUGAAGACGAAGAUGAUGCUGCAGAAGAAGGUCCUGCUGCAAGCAGUAGCAGGCGGGCGUCGACACAGGGAGGCAUGCGCCGGUAUCCGCGAAGAGGUAGCAGCAAGAAACGCAACAGUCAAACAUGGGCCACGCGACAUUCUAGGCGCUCCCCGCGUAGGUCAGUUCUAGUCGGGGACUUCAUAAACAAAAGCACAGCGAAAGUUCGGGGCAGCGUGCAUGGCCAAGCAGUGAAGCUGAACACACCAUACGACGAUCAUGAUAUUUCGUGCAGCACUCAAGAAGCCACGACUCAUGAGCCGACUACUUACCAAAAAAGCACAACACCACCGUCGCCGAUGACAUUCGAGAAUGCGAAUGCAGUCACAACAGUACCGCCCGUCUCUCCCACAGGCUCCGCCGCGAAAGUCUCGACUCCCCUGGAGGCAACUUCCAGUAGAUUGGGCGCCACGAAAUCUUUACAGCAGUGCGUGAAUAGCGCUAAGACGCUAUCUUCGGAAUCGACUACCAUUCCUCCAAUGCUAGAAACCGACGAAACAAGCCGAGAAACGCGCGGGACGACCUCAGCAUGUGGUCGCAAACUGUAUCGCCCACCGGCUGUCCGAAGGCGUGAGAUGCAGGCCGCCUUUGCUGCAAGCAACGGCAAUGCGGAUGGCGAAGAACUCAAAAAUGCAGCAUCAGGAGCCACUGCUGGUGCCGGCGCUCUCGGACAUAAAGAAAAAGGGAAUAUUCAGGGCCGCCUCCUCGGUUCAGGGACGGAAAAGAUGAUGGCACUGCGCCGCGGAGGGGUUGGUGCCUUCAAUAAGAAAAAUACCGGAGGUCCGCUUUUCCCCACGAAGAUGCCUGAAAAUCUGACGGAACUCCAGAGUCAGAUGGUCACUGUUCGUAAAAGCAGACACAGACUGCACAGUUAUUGGGACGAAGAAUUUGCCGCGGCUAAGAGUCCACGGUAUACGCCACUUCCUGCACCUGCGUGCCGGCUUAAUACUAUCGAGAACCUUGACCUUGAGCCAGUGCCAGCGGCCGUGGAAGCAAGCUGCAUGAGCAUCCUCAACGACUCGCCCCAGCCACAAUCGCCCGCUAGCUCUGGGGGUGGCGCUUCUCCUACUGGCUCCAAUCUUACGCUUACCGGCCCGCUGGAGUUCGCUCUCACGGUAAGUGCUUUUUUGUAUCAGGACGUGAGAGAUGACUACUAGGUUUAGGGAGAUGGAAUUAGAAAAGAACAAUUUCUUGCCACGAGACAGUAUGAGCUUGAGAAUGAUGCUGAAGAAUAUUAAUAUUUGACUCAAUAUCAACACGAAACUAAAUGCCAUGUCAUCCUCUGUUAGUUUCUACUUACUUUUUUCUUCCGUUAUUUUAUGCUGUUCGUAUUGGAGGUUAUCGUUAUGGGUGUGUUAAAAGCAAAGAUUGUUAGAGUUAGAAGCACAGGUAGAAGUAGAAGCUAGAGCUGUAGUUGUUAUAAAUUUUCGUAUGUUGACAUAACAGGGCCUCGAUGACGAAACGGAACUCGAGCUGACGUUGGGCAGUGCACCGAGUCGCAGCAUCAGUGAUAUAAAGACGGAGGAGAAGAAUACGCCGAAGGACAUAGAGGCUGCAACUGGAGUAGCAGCAUCGGCAGCAGAUGUUACGACGAAAGUCGAGACGACGUCGUCGUCGACGAUCGCGACAGCGAUUGGCCCUUGUCUGCUAAAAACAGCGCUCGUAGCUGACGGCGAUGCGUUCGACAUGAAUUUUCUGAUCUCUCCCACAUCAAGUCCGCACAAUUACAGUUUGUUCGACAAUCAAUGUGAUCGCACGUGCGUCAAUCCGUUCGAUCUUUUCCUCGACAAACCAAGUUCGGGGGAAAACAAAGACGCUCCUUCUGCAUCUGUGAGACCCCGUAGCAAUAGUGCCUCCCAGAGUCCUGUUGGAAUGCGCGGUCGGGCUUCUCUCUUGCGGUGCCGCUUUGAUUCAGUGUCGCUGGACCAGCCUGGGGAACGGCGAAAGUCACGCCGGCUGGAGCCCACCGAGGACGACCCUUCCCGACAGCAGAGAAUGGUCGAUUUAAGCGGUGCUUUCGACCAGGUUCACGCGGAAGAGAAUACGGUCUUUCUUCCGUGUGUACCUCACACCAGUCCUACGCUUGUGGCGCUUACUAGCUCCUCUGCAGCGGAUGUUUGCGAAAGCAGCGGAGCUGGCUUGUUACGACAAGGUGGAGCGAUACACAUGAUGCUUGAGAAGAAUAAUUGUCGUCACGACAGCCUUGUCGAAGCUGGCAGCUUUGAUGAGGAGAGUAGAAGUGCAUCGACGGAAAACCCGAACGUGAGCAGCUGCCAUUCUGAGCACGGCGAGCCUCUUUGUGCAGGCCGUCAAGUUGAGGAGCGUGCUCGAGUCACAAACAUUGAGGAGUUGGCUCGAGCAAGUGUGACAAUGAUGUCAAUGUGCAAUUUUAGUGGAUAUUCCUCGUGCUCUUCGGGCGAGGUGGAUGAGUCUACGGCUUCGCAAACUCAAAAAAGUGUGGACGAAAAGAGCACGAAGGCUGUGCCGCGUAGUCUGAGACGCAAGUCCUCGAGUCGCCGCAUGAGCUGCCGCCGAACUACUGUUUCCUCCCCGAAGAGUGGCGCUGCGCAGAACUCGCAAACAACGACGCCGAGCAGUGUGGGCACCCUUCCGUGGUCAACCGUAUUUUCAUCUCGAGGCGCAUCGUCGCUGGUGUCAGCUUCGAGCUCCUGCAACGGCAGCCACGCAGAUGCACAUGUUAGAGGAGCAGGCUCAGCAAUGUCUACGUCACCGAAGAUGAAUGCCGCUCGUCCUUUGCUUCGAACAUUAACGCAGGACAGCACAAAAGACACGGAAGCUGCAGCACUGCAUGACCCGCUUAAUCGUGGAGAGCUCGACAAUCGCCCAGGUGCGGCUGCUGGGCCUGCCCUAAACGUACAAAAGCAAAGUAUGACUGUAUUGCCGUCUUCAUCGCCCCCGAAGCGGAAGAGCCGGAGCGAUGCUGGAGAGCACGCCGGAGCAUUGUGCAAGCGGUUUUCGAUUUGCGAGACCCCUCCUCCAGGUCCCGUCACACCGACCGUGGGCAAUGUUUCAUCAGAACAACAGUCCUAUCAGGGUCUUGCAGCCGUGUCUCCCGAUGCCGCCAGUAGCUUUCAGCGAUCCCUCAGCUUCGUUCCGAAAGCUCCUUCGUGCCCGCAACUCUUUAGUGCCCGCAAAGAGAACUCAACCCUUGACGUAGAGCUAAAGACAACGGACGGAACCUCGCUGAACGACAAACUUGAACAACAAGGCUUGGAUUUUCCAGGAGGUGCCACGUCCAUUUUACGCAUUUUGAUUUUUCCCGGCAAUAAUGAGAUAGUCAAGGGUCGACUUUUGUUUACUUGCAACUACUUUUUGGUUUCUCUGUAAUGCCACCGACACCGAGGUUUCUUUCUGAUAAAAGUUAUGAUAUCAUGAUGAAGCAGGUACAGCACGUUUGUUUUUCAGUAUGCAGCAGGUAACAGAAGAGUAGUCUCCUUCCACUCAUACACUUUUAUACUUAGUAUCAUUUGAUGAAUCUGAAUCAUGUUCACUUUCACGAUGAAACCAGGUGACGCCGUAGCCACAGCGCGCGCCAGUUUUGUGCCCAUCGUCGGUGCCGAGGCCGAAGAAAAGAGGUUAGCGCCUACCUCAUCGCUCUGUGUUAACAUGGAACGUUUUCCAUCGGACAUGGAACGCUUCCCGUCGAUCAGCGACUCCGGGGAUUGCGAUUUUGGUUCCCGGAACAUCGAUGGUUCACUCGUGCUCAGAGCCGCAGACAGCAGCACUGUGGAUAUGACUAAGAUGGAGCUUGUGCUUGAGGAAUGUGCGGAUAUGGCGCGAAAUGUUGGUGGAAAUGGUCGCAUUUGUUCUGUUGAGACGGGUUUGCUAUUUGGCGCAGGAGCGAAGCCGAGUACGAGCUUUGUUCAGGCUGGUACCGCGACUGGCCUUUUUACGCCACGAGGUGUGACGCCGAAUGAGCCAGUUGCUCCCAAUGGACCCAGCCUGCUCCCGCUUCGGCAAGAAACAGCCCCCCGCAAGAGCUCCCGCAAUUCGUCGAGUAAAACUAGCGGUAGCUCUGCCAUGAUCGGGCGCCCUCCAUCUUCCAAGAGAGGAAGCGCACGCCAGCGCGUGCAGCGCAAGUCGUCGUUUCUCGGCGCAUCCAUUUCUGAGGAUGAGAUGAUCUGCUUGCCGUCGCCCAAUAAGCAAGUUAUCAAUAGGCGCAAGUUGAGCAUCAACCACGACGUCGCGCAUGGAUGCAUCAAGAUCAGCAGUACGCAGAAGGGUAGCAGGGACGACAUCAUAGAGUGGGACUCCGGUCUGGAGGUCGCUUUUCUCCACUACGUCGGGGAAGCGGUCCGAACGCACAUACUGCUUUGUCGCGCGAGGGCGAAGCGCAGGGGGCUGCCGGUUCGCUACAGCCGCGAACCCCAUCUAGGCUCCGCCCACCAGGACCCGCCCUCAAUCGCUCUGACAUCGCCAGUAGGAGCCAUGGGAUCGCUUCCGCUAGCGAGUGCCGGUACUAGCGAUGGCGCGACGACCACACAGGUCCUCUUGCCGACCGAGUCGUGUGAAAAAAAGUCACAAGAAAAGGUGCCAGUGCAAAAAUAUAAUGAUCAAUCCGGAAAUAGUGCAGGAGGAGAGGCUGGGCCUGGCAAUACAGACCCGAAACUCUCCGAAAAAGCGGACCUGAGUACUAUUUCUAAAGGUAAUACUACAACGGACGAACAAGACAACCAAAUGAUCAAGGAUCUCAAGCUCAAGGUUGAGAGCAGCCACAAAAGUAACGGUAACGCAAUUUACACGGUCUGCGUAUUCGACACGGAUGCUCCUGCGAUUGACGGCCCUCAUGAGAAAACAGAGUUCCGAAUCGAUCAUCAAACGCUGAAAGGCCGUGAAUCCGAUUGUAUGUCAAAUGCACAGGAUCAGGAGGAGCACAAAAGUGCGAUGCAAUACCGUAAACGAUCUCCGUUGAAGAGGCGCUCUGCUGUGUUAGACGGAACUGAAGACGCUUCACUAGAGAUGUGUCCGCCGAGACCGCGUCAAGUUUUGAAAUUGAAUUUUUUGCACGGAGAGGAAAGUCGACCUCAACAAGUGUCUGACGAUCAGCAAAAAAUACAACAGCAAGUCCAGGGACUCGAUGGUGAAGCAACAAAAGGAUCAGUAGAGGGUCCAUUAUCGGUCAAGACAAAUGCUGCCGCCAGGAAUUUGAGUUACCGACCCGCAAAUGUUGGGGAAGGAAUACAUCGUCUGAAAAGAGACGUGCUGAGGGAAAUGACCGAGCAUUUCGAUGAUGAGGACCAAGAAGACGACGGGUCAUCGCCAACAAAAUGCGCAAAACGGCGCCAACGCAGUCCUGUUCCUUUCCUUUUCUCUUCACCCGCUGUGCUCAGCGCCGGAUUACUAGUUCAGCAACAUCAUUCACGGUUGGACGUAGACUCUGGACCAAAAAAUGACUACACCUGUUCCUGGACAUCAACGUCCAAUCAAUUCUGUGCUACUGACUUCAACACAAGCUCGGCGAUGCUUCAACACCUUCACAAGCCUAUGCUGUGUGCGCCUUCUGCUGCGAGCAAAUCCACUGCGUCUACUGCCAGCGUGAUCUCGACCAACGGCACAGCGACUACGAAUAGUACGGGCUCGUCUCUGUCUCUUUCGUGGCCAACUAGUCCUAUGCUGGGUGGAAGUGGUACAACGACGUUGAACACCUCAGACUCGGAGCCUCGAGAAGUAAAGGAUGACCAAGAAGUAGAAAAUACUAUCAAUCACACCAAAGCUAGUGCCAGCGCUAUGAUACCCCAGGAGACCACGAUCAGAAAUCGUGAAGAGCACAUUUUUGGAGGCAGGGUGCAACUAGUUCAUCACAAUGACCAGCAAGAGCAUCAAGGAACACAUCUUUUGAAGACUUUAUUACCCAACUUCAACUAUUCCUUCGAUGUUGCUGGUGCGUCGACAGAAGGAGAAACUCACGACCAAUCGACAUUAACUUCGUCAACUCAUAUUGCUGGAGCCGAGCAUGAGGGAGCAGUUAGUACUUUUACCACCAUCGUUAAGGCUUAAACUUAAUUAUUUUCAAAAGUCUGCCCUGUCCCUGAAUGCGAAUCUGAGGAAAUGAAUGAUCUAUUGUAGUUUCAUUCAAAUAUUCAUCAUUAAGCGAUAGCAAAAGAAAAAUACAAUCAAGGUAACAGUAAGUACAUAGAAAUAGGUAUAAACUGCAAGUCUGUGUCUAACAUGCCUGCUGCUGGUGAGCCUGCGUCGCCGGGCUUGAUAACGCUCCCUAAGCGCGCGAACUCGAUGCAACCGCGUCUAGGCGUGACUACGUGGAACUGGAGUCCCAUGCAGCCUGACUCUCCGUCGAUGAGUAGCGAAGGCGAACAGCUGCAUGGUGAGGAUGAAGAGGAAGAACAGGAUGAGGAGAAUAUAGUCCUCCAUCAAGAAGAAGAUCAGCGGGAAGAUGAGCUUGAGCAUUAUAGUCAUAAGUGUACGUCGCAACAACGUGGUUUAUUCUCGGACGUUCAACGACCAGCAGGGCAUGUUGUGAACCACGUCUCAUGGAAGGAUGAUUCGAAAACCGCGUAUGGAGGAGGGUCAGCUCGUCGCAUGGAAAGAGAUCUCGAGAUUUCGACAAGUUCGGUAAAUAGUACUCCAGGAACGCGCACAACAGCUCGAACAACUCCGCUUUCUGGUGGUUUCCUUGGUGGCGACGUUUUUAUCCCUCCGAUCCGGUGCGAGCAAAAUGACAAUUCUUCAUCUCCUCUUGUUCUUGUUAUGAAGAAAACUUCUGUACCAUAAUUUACUCAGAAUAGAUGUUGACAUCACGCCGCCCUAUACCUAAAAUCUAUAGUCAACAUCUAGGGAUCGGGAUCCACAUGGCGCAUGUCACAAUAAAGUAGUUCUAGUUUCUUCGCUGUUUUUAAGAAGCACCUUCAUGCAAUUGAUUCGAAGAUCAAAAAAGCCUCUAAUGCGAGAAGCGGGAAAGACGAAGAUGUAGUUGUAGCUCACGCAAGGAAAGAAGGAGAAUCUCUUGGUUCCGGACGUGUCGGAGAUGCUGCAGAAGAGGACACGACACGACCAGAGCCCUAUGACCAUGAACGUGCUCCGCCGGAUUUGUCGUUCUAUAAUUAUGGGUGUAGGGAAUUCAUCUCCCAAGUCAUCUGGAAGAAGAAAACAAGAAGAAAAAGCGAGCCAGAUGAUUCCUGAGAUGAAUUUCGCAUCGCUCUAAUAUAAUGAGUUCGACCCGAUAUAUCAGCUCCACACGAUUCCUUCGCAUGACGACAUCUAACAGCUUUUGAGUAGAGGUAGAGUCGGGCUUACAGCGGGCUUUGGCGAGGAAGCAGUUUAUAUUAGUGAAGGGCAAAUAAUAAUAACGUGGACGCAACAGAAAUGAUUUUUUCAAAUCAACAGAGUACGAGCAGCAGGAGUACUUUGAACGUGAAUAAGUAUUUCAGACCAUUGAUUCUAUGGAAACGACGCAUGGAAAUCGGUGUAAAAAUGUUAAUUUUUUCUAUUGGAGCUGGCAAAAGAAGUACUUCAAGAUAGAAUGUGUUCAUUGACGAGAAAGACGUGAAAUAUGAUACUUAACUAGAGCGACAGGAAAGUAGAAGUCACAGACACCUCAUGCGUUUCCAGAGAGAACAGUAAUACUCGCUAGCGUCUAGCAGUGCCACCUUUUUUUGUUGUUUGAUCAAAUUUAACCAUGGAAGAUGUAUAUCACGGAGCAGAAGAAAACACCUAUACCUAUACUACAUAGUACAUUCCUACUCAUUUUCAUUUUUUCGUCAACAAACAAUAAUCAAGAGCUGAUAAAUAGAUAAGAUGGAGAUCAUUUGCAUCAGGAUGACCGGAGAGGAAGAGUAGCGUAGCUUGUAAUAAUGUCGAUCACAAUUGGCACACUGAAUUCAAUACUAGCAUCAGACUCGUUGUAGUAUUCUACUUGUGUACACAGGUCGUGUCAGUUUAGCGCUCGAAUUACUAGCGUAGUGGUUGUGAUAUGUUGUCUUAACCUUAUUUCCAUUUGUAUGCUGGAGGGUGUAAGUUAUAAAAACAAAUCAAGGGCACACCAUCCACACACACACACCACAACCAUUUUGAUUUUUUACUUCGGACAACAAGAAGUUAGUUACGUCGAGGGGACGAGGGGCAUUGUGGAUGAGCACCUAGACCAUUGUGAUUGUGUGCAUAUGAGGAUCUUGGCCUUGAAACUCAUCAAAAUUUCCGGCCAGCACGCUUAUUUGUGAUAGUGGUUACUGUCUGCGCUCCGGCGUUGUCCAUGCUCGGUUUCUUUAUGAGGUAUCGCGGAUUGGCAGGCAUGCUAGCACUCGCAGCAAGCACCAGAAAGCGGGGAUCUGGUUGGUGGUAUGGGUUCAACUCGGAACAUCAUGCGUCUCCAUUUUUAUCAUUUGCUCACCUUCAUCUUCAACAAAGACAAGGGUGUUGAGAAUAUCUUUCGUGAAUGAUUUCCACAUGCCUUUCCAACUUCGGAGUUAUGUUAAUAUAUUUCAUAUGAUAUAAGAUAAUCAAAUGAAAUUGAAAAAUGUCUCUUAGGAGAUUCGAAAAUGUAAAAACGAAAACGCAUAAUUUAUGAACAAUUUUACUUUUAGUGUAAUAGUAAUACAUCGUGGUAGCAAAAAAAAGAAGAAGAAGAAGAAGAAGAACAAGAAGGGAUCAUAGUGAAGGCUCCUCCACCUCGUCUCAUUAUCAUACUAGAGAACUGACAGUGUUCUACAUCAUCUACUUCAUGUAGCACGACGCGGACGGACCUAUAUCAAAUCCGGCUUUUCCGAUAUUGCUCUUAUUGUCCUCGACCUCAUGGACAUUGAGUGCUGUCGGAUGUUGUCUGAGUUCAGUAUUUCGCUUUGUGCUUAUCUUACCUUUUCGUCAAAAUUUGAAAUACAGAGUUUGCUGUAGUGUUUGAUACUUUCGUCCGUUCAUUCAAACGCCCCCUGUCCCAUAAACACAGACUGAGGUGUCAGAAACAGAUGAAAUCACUGCGCGUACAUCGCCGCCAGUUCGCUGAGUGGUUGCUCUCGCAGACGAUAGUGACUAAGCUUAUGUAUUAAGUUGAGGUAUAUAUAAUUCACUUCGUUACUGCAAGUAAAUGAAUAAGAUGAUCUUCGUGAUCCUAGUAAACCCGCGUGCGCUUAUCAUGCUGUUUAUUUUUUGUUUGGCAAUAGGGAUAGGUGUAGUGCCUAGGUAGUGCUGCUGAUCCCAUAUUCAUCAUUUUUCAUUACACCAUCCAGCGCUCCUAAACCUAAUCACACACAUAGCAGCACACGACAUAGAUUGAUGCUUGUCCAUGACACUUCCAUGGUUUGUGGUAAUAUCCGUGAUAUUAUUUUCUUUGGUUCCUGUUUUGAUGUAUUUCUAUUUUAUAGCAAAAUGUCAGCUCCACCUCGUCAACAACUUGGUAAUGUCAUGCCGUGGUGUCAUAAUACAUUCAAUCUAAUCUUCUUGUAUCAAAAAAAUUUUUGUUGUUUUGUUGGGUCGUUGUAUAUAUUCACCAUAGCUCCUCUAGAAGAGUGAUCUUCUGAGAAAUGCGCUAAGAAUAAGAUAAUUUCUCGCGAUCUUGCCGAUAGCGAUAGGGGAUUGUUGAGAAAGACCUGGUAUUUAUUAGGUUUAAAUGAAAUUAAUGUCAGAAGUAGAUCGAGAAAAAGUGUAAUUGUUGGCCGAAAUCAAGCACAAAAGAUAGAUUCCGUGAAAAAUGUUUCUGUUGGACAAUCAACAUCAUGGAAAAUGAGGACUUUAGCUCGCUCACUCCACUCUGACUCUUCCAUCCCCGUGUUUAUUCAUGUCGUGUACUAUUAUGUUCUCUCCGUCACCUUCUCCAUUUUUCCUGUCUCUCGCCGAUAAUAGAAGAGUAUUGGUGUUAACAGAAUCAGGAAAAGGAAUAGGAAUACUAGGAUAAUUGUAAUUUCAUUCCGUGUUAUAAAAACUAGAUCUAUAAUACUAGGCGAAGCGGGACAAGGUGAAGGUGGGUACUAAAUAGAGUAUACAGAUUUAUAGUUGUUUUUCAUGCUGUGUUUUAUUCUUCGAACGGGGGUGGUCGAAGGGUAAUAUGCAUGGCCCUUGUUUUUUGGUGGUGAGGCACCAGGGCCCCAAGCCUAUAAAGGUUCUCGCCUUUCAGAGAAUGCGUCAACGCCUUCUUGCUACUAUGAGGGUUUUCUUCUACAGUCUGGUCGGUCGUCUACGUUCUACCCUUGUGAUCUCUUUCCUGGUCCUCGUUUUUUUGUGCGGUUGUACAGUGUAUUGGGCUCUCGCUCGUCGAGGUGGCCGUGCAUUGUUCGUGGUCGUUUCUCGCAGAAAAGCGCUAGCAAUGAAGGUGAGUGACUGAAUUAACGACCCUCCAACUACCGGUUGGAGACCAACUUAGCGAGAAACCACCAGCAACUGGCGCGCUUGGAAGAUCCUAAGCCCUGUGGAUCAUAUGUAGUUUGAGUUUGUUGACGAGUGUGAUAAAAAGGAUAGAGGCGCCAUCAUACACCACUGUUCGUCGCUUCUCUUAUCCGGAUGGGUAUCUAUGUAUAAGUAAGAAAAAAUCAUUUCUACAGCAGAUACGAAAUAGGGUAUUAGAAAGCGCUUGUUCUAAUUUUUCCCAGAGAAGUAGCCGAUUGGAUGUGGGAAGUAUUAAGAAUUAGGGUGACAAGAACAAAUGUCAGAAACAAAGAGUAGAUAUUGAUGUUGUCAUUUCUAAAGGAAAAAAAUGAAAAGAAAGCAUGAGUUGUGCGAAAAUAGAACCAAAAAUGUGAAACCAAACAAUCCGAAUCCCCAAGCUCGUUGCGACAUCAAAAAGCAACACCUUUCUAUUUCUUCCUCUACCUAAGAAGUAACAUCAGUCGAAAAGCAACCGACCAAGAAGAGGCUGCGAGCAUCCUCGCUUUCCGCCAUGGAAGUUCUUCAACAUGGAGGAGGAUGUAGAUAGUGUUGCGAGGUAGGCGUCCUGAAGCGGGGAGGACAAACCAUCACUCAUCACGGUUUGAGCAACGUUUUGCUGCUUAGCCGAAAAACCUUAUCAAUACCUGCCAUGGUCACUGCUACCACCAUCUCCAAGCUCCUCAGGAGGAGGCAGCAGGAAUAUGAGAAAAGUCUAAGUAGAGUUGCAAGUGAAAGAUCUUCUCUUGUCCGCAGAAAGAAACACAAUCAAUCAGAAUGAAUUUAUGCAAGAAAUGCAAAUGUGGUAUAUGAAGAUAACCACCAAUCUACUUCUUCAGGA